AAACGCGAAAAUGCAAUAAUUUGUUGUGCUGUCUUUUGUUGGAGUCAAGUUGAUAUACCUUUGUAAAUUUGGACAGGGACACUAUGGUACCUAUCUUCGAAGGUUUCAGAUUUCUGGCUUUCUUCAUGCUGAGCUACUCAAGUGGUGUCUCGGAAUUCGUCUACAAAUGGUUCAAUUGCCUUUGCAGUUUUCUGGUUUUUGGCAGUUUUCCCUUCGGUUCCUUUUCUACCUAUAGGCAGGACUGCAGGGUCCCUCCUAGCAGCUAUUCUCAUGAUCGUCUUUAAGGUCAUAACCCCAGAUGAAGCAUAUGAUUCCAUUGAUCUCUCAAUCCUUGGUCUCCUCUUUGGAACCAUGGUUGUUGGUCUCUAUCUCGAAAGAGCCGACAUGUUCAAGUACUUGGGGCGAUUGCUCUCAUGGAAGUGUCAGGGGGCGAAGGAUUUGCUUUGCCGAAUCUGUGUGAUAUCCGCUCUCUCGAGCGCAUUGUUCACCAACGACACCAGUUGCAUUGUCCUGACUGAAUUCGUCCUGCAAACCGCGAAGCAAAACAACAUCAAGCCCCAUCCUUUCUUGCUGGCCUUAGCCUCUAGUGCAAACAUUGGCUCUUCAGCAACUCCUAUUGGCAAUCCACAGAACUUGGUCAUCGCCAUACAAAGCAAAAUCUCAUUUGGCCAAUUCUUACUGGGACUCUUCCCUGCCAUGCUAGUUGGUGUCAUUGUGAACAUGUCAAUUCUCCUAUGCAUGUAUUGGAGAUUGUUGUCUGGUGAAAAAGACGAAGAAAUCGAGUUGGAGGAAGGCAAUUUCAAGAAAACAUCCGCAACUCCUCAGUCCUUGGAUUUAACAGCUUCAAAUGCUAUGCCUUCAAACCUCAAUGAAGGAAGUCCUGAAUCAGAAGCUGAGAAGGAAGUAAUUAACUCCCCAAGUUUAAAUGAUACCAAAGGAGAUAUAGAAAGUGGCAAGAUCUGCAUGAGUUCAACAGAUCAUGAUCUGAAUAUUGCUGAUACAACUGCUCAAACAUUGGAGGGAUGUAAUGGACCAAAUGAGAGUACAGAAAUGGUGAAAGACACAACAGAAAGUGAAAAGGAAGGACCAAGCAGAGCAUGGAAGAGACUGGCAUGGAAAAUAUGCACAUACCUUGUUACAAUUGGCAUGUUGAUUGGUUUGCUAAUGGGAUUCAACAUGUCAUGGACUGUGCUUACAGCCUCACUUGCUCUCGUCGUCCUCGACUUCAAAGAUGCCGGGCCUUGCCUCGAGAAGGUCUCAUACUCUCUCUUGCUACUUUUCUGCGGAAUGUUUAUCACGGUUGAAGGAUUCAACGGAACCGGGAUACCUAAUACUCUAUGGAACCUUACAAAGCCUUAUGCAGAGAUUAAUCAUGUUUCUGGCAUGGUUAUGCUUGCUCUUGUUAUACUUGUCCUCUCAAAUAUUGCCUCAAAUGUCCCUACUGUUCUUCUGCUAGGAGGGAGAGUAGCAGCCCAUGCAGCAGCCACAUCACCACAUGAAGUUAAAAAGGCAUGGCUUAUCUUGGCAUGGGUGAGCACGGUUGCUGGGAACCUGUCACUGCCGGGCUCAGCCGCGAAUCUGAUCGUCUGCGAGCAGGCUCACCGCGCUCAGUCCGGAAAAUACACUCUCUCCUUUUGGACUCAUCUCAAGUUUGGCCUUCCUUCAACACUCAUUGUCACAGCAAUUGGCCUAACUCUUAUAAGGGGAUGAUGAACCUAAGGUGUGGAACUCAAGUAGAUGAAUGUAAUAAAGGUCCAAGGAUUUUGCUUCAAGGUUCAAAUGGCAACUAUCAAUCGUUUCUCUUGUACAUUCUCAUCCUCAUUUUUUGUCCUUGUUAGUUGUUAACUAGGCAAGUCAUUGGUUUCAUGUUAUCCUGGGGCCCAGAAUAUGUUGAUAUUUCUCUAAAUUGAUCUUUGUAAUUGCAGUUGUCUUAAUGAUAUGAGAUAAAAGCAUGGCAUUAUAAAUCCUAUCAAUUAUUGGCAUCUCUUCUUUUUUCUUAUG